GCGUCUCUGAGCGGACACGACAGUAAAUGUACUAUAUUGGCAUUUCCUGUCCGCGUGCGUUCGGUACAAACCGCAAUAGGCUAUCAUAAGACGUCGCACUGGGGAAUUAAGAUCCGGGAAGGGACGCUUUGACCCAAACGAGCGCACACACCUGCGUCAGAGGACGGGUUUCAGGAAUGAAACGGUGUCAGUAAGGAUUUUUACUUUUCAUCCGAGAUUGACUCGAGGCUUGUGUGGAGCAGUUGGGCGGUGUUGGCAUGGCCUUGUCGUUUUGUGGCAUCGACAACGGUACCAAUGCCUACAGCGUGGAGAAGGGCGUGCUGAACAAUGGCUGCUUCGUGGACGCGCUCAACCUGGUUCCCCAUGUCUUCCUGCUCUUCAUCACCUUCCCCAUCCUCUUCAUCGGUUGGGGCAGCCAGAGCUCCAAGGUCCAGAUCCAUCAUAACACAUGGCUUCAUUUCCCCGGCCACAACCUGAGGUGGAUCCUCACCUUCUCACUGCUGUUUGUCCAUGUCUGCGAGUUCGCAGAGGGCAUCGUCUCCAACAAUAGGAUGAUGGAGACCAACCACCUCCAUCUCUUCAUGCCAGCCUUCAUGGGUUUCAUAGCAGCCACAACAUCAGUGGUUUACUACCACAACAUAGAGACAUCCAAUUUCCCCAAACUGUUGCUUGUCCUGUUCAUCUACUGGGUUUUGGCGUUCAUCACAAAGUCAAUUAAGCUGUGGAAGUUUGCAGAGUACCAUGUUGGACCACAGCACCUGAGGUUCUGCAUCACAGCCCUGUUAGUGCUCCUGUAUGGACUGCUGAUGGCCGUGGAGAUCAACGUCAUAAGAAUCAGGAGAUAUGUGUUCUUUGCCAACCCCCAGAAGGUGAAACCACCAGAGGAUUUACAGGAUUUGGGAGUUCGCUUUUUGCAGCCGUUUGUCAACCUGCUGUCCAAGGCAACAUAUUGGUGGAUGAAUCCUCUCAUUAUUGGAGCCCAUAAGAGGCCCAUAGAGCUGAAGAAGAUUGGAAAGCUGCCCAUCGCCAUGAGAGCCCUCACCAACUACCUACGGCUCAAAGACGCCUAUGAGGAUCAGAGGACAGCCGAGGACCCCGAUCGUGCCCCAUCAAUCUGGCGCUCUAUGUAUCGAGCGUUUGGUCGUCCCAUCCUGCUCAGCAGCACUUUCCGCUACCUGGCUGACCUGCUGGGCUUCGCUGGGCCGCUCUGCAUCUCUGGCAUCGUAAAGUACCUGAAGACUGACAAGGAUGUCGCAACGCCAGACAAGAUCAAGGAGACAUAUUUCGGUGUGUACUUCAUGUCCUCCACUGAGCUGCUGCAGAACACUUCGGUCCUGGCUGUGCUUCUCUUCCUGGCUUUAGUCCUGCAGAGGACCUUCCUGCAGGCUUCGUACUACGUCACCAUAGAAACAGGCAUCAACCUGCGGGGAGCCCUGCUGGCGAUGAUAUACAACAAAAUCCUGCGUCUGUCCACCUCCAACAUGUCUAUGGGGGAAAUGACACUGGGGCAGAUCAACAACCUGGUGGCUAUAGAGACCAACCAGCUGAUGUGGUUUCUCUUCCUCUGCCCCAACCUGUGGGCCAUGCCUGUGCAGAUUGUGAUGGGAGUGAUCCUGCUCUACUAUUUGUUGGGCUGGAGUGCCUUGGUUGGAGCAUCCGUUAUAGUUCUGCUGGCUCCAGUCCAGUACCUUAUCGCUACAAAGCUGGCAGACACACAAAAAAGCUCACUAGAACACUCUACUGAUCGUCUGAAAAAGACCACAGAGAUCUUAAAGGGCAUAAAGCUGCUGAAGCUGUAUGCCUGGGAGAAUAUCUUCUGUGACAGCGUGGAGGACACCAGAGGCAAAGAGCUCACCAGCCUCAAGACCUUUGCUUUGUACACAUCUAUGUCCAUUUUCAUGAAUGCUGCUAUUCCCAUUGCUGCCGUUCUUGCGACAUUUGUGAUGCACCACUUCCUCGAUAAAACCGGUCCCAGUCCUUCUGAGGCCUUCGCCGCUCUAGCGUUGUUCCAUAUCCUGGUCACCCCUCUCUUCCUGCUCUCCACCGUCGUCAGAUUUGCUGUGAAGGCUCUUGUCAGCGUCCAGAAGCUCGGUGAGUUUCUUCAGAGUGACGAAAUUGGAGACGACAGCUGGAGAAAUGGAGACAUGCCUCUUUCCUUCGAAGCUGGAAAAAAACACCUGGGUGUGACCAAAGCCAUCAACAGGAAGCAGCCAAUGCGCUACCAGAUGGACAACUACGAGCAACCGACCAGACGACAGAUGAGACCCACGGAGACGGAGGAUGUGGCUGUAAAGGUGAGCAACGGUUUCUUCACCUGGGGAAGCAACCUGUCCACGUUGUCUGAUAUCAACAUCCGCAUCCCCACAGGUCAGCUGACAAUGAUUGUUGGCCAGGUGGGUUGUGGGAAAUCCUCCCUGCUGCUUGCCAUGCUUGGCGAGAUGCAGACCAUCGAAGGAAGAGUCUUCUGGAGCAAACUGCCUGAGUGUGAGGUGGCCCGCGAAGAGAACAUAAGUUGGUCAGAGACAGAGGAGACUGACGAAGACAUCAGGAGCAAGAACAGAUACUCUGUGGCCUACGCUACCCAAAAGUCCUGGCUGCUCAACGCUACAGUGGAGGAAAACAUCACCUUUGGCUGCCAUUUCAGUAAACAGAGGUACAAGGCAGUGAUUGACGCCUGCUCUCUGCAGCCAGACAUUGACCUGCUGCCUUUUGGAGACCAAACUGAGAUCGGAGAGAGGGGCAUCAACCUGAGUGGCGGUCAGAGACAGAGAAUCUGCGUGGCCAGAGCUCUCUACCAGAACACAAACAUCGUCUUCUUGGAUGAUCCCUUCUCAGCACUGGACAUCCACCUCAGUGAUCACCUGAUGCAGGAAGGCAUCCUCAAGUUUCUGCAGGAUGAUAAACGGACUGUAGUCCUGGUCACCCAUAAACUACAGUACCUCAUACAUGCAGACUGGAUCAUAGCAAUGAAGGACGGCUCUGUGCUGAGAGAGGGAACUCUAAAGGACAUUCAGACUCAUGACGUGGAGCUUUAUGAUCACUGGAAGACCCUGAUGAACCGACAAGACCAGGAGCUGGAGAAGGACAUACAGCAGGACAGUCAAACGACACUAGAGAGGAAAACACUGAGGAGAGCUUUCUACUCCAGAGAGGCCAAGAACCAGAUGGACGAUGAGGACGAAGAGGAAGAAGAAGAGGAGGAAGAGGAUGACAACAUGUCCACAACCACUAACAGAAGAUCAAAGAUCCCAUGGAGGAUGUGCUGGUGUUACAUGUCUUCUGGUGGCUUCUUCAUGGUCUUCCUGAUGGUGUCCUCGAAACUCCUCAAACACUCUGUCAUCGUUGCCAUCGACUACUGGUUGGCUCUCUGGACCUCCUCUAAAACCAAUCAGAGUGCUGGAGCAGGAACGUACGCGUCUAAUGGGACCCGCCUGGCUGACAGUGCCAGCAGCAACGCCACACUGCCCACACCUGGUAAUCCGGAGGCCGAGAGCGACUCCUACUAUCUGCCAGUGUUUAUCGUCCUGUGUGCGGCUGGAAUCACGUUAUGCCUCAUCACUUCUCUCACUGUGGAGUUUCUGGGUCUUUCUGCAGCCACCAACCUGCACCACAACCUGCUCAACAAGAUCAUCCACGCUCCCAUCAGGUUCUUUGACAUCACUCCCCUGGGGCAGAUCCUCAACAGAUUCUCUGCUGAUACCAACAUCAUAGACCAGCACAUUCCUCCAACGCUAGAGUCUUUGACGAGAUCCACGUUACUCUGUUUGUCAGCCAUCGGGGUCAUAUCGUCCAUCACUCCAGCUUUUCUGAUCGCCUUGGUUCCCCUGGCGGUGGCCUUCUACUUCAUCCAGAAGUACUUUCGGGUGGCCUCCAAGGACCUCCAGGACCUUGAUGACUCCACACAGCUUCCUCUGCUUUGCCACUUCUCUGAGACCGCUGAAGGUCUCACCACUAUAAGAGCAUUCAGACACGAGGCUCGUUUUAAACAGCGUAUGCUGGAGCUGACAGACACCAAUAACACAGCCUACCUGUUUCUGUCUGCUGCCAACCGCUGGCUGGAGGUCCGAACGGACUACCUUGGAGCAGUGAUCGUGCUGACAGCAGCAGGAGCCUCCAUAUGGAGUUUUAGCUACGGUCUGCGUUCUGGAGGCCUGGUGGGCCUUGGGCUCACAUACGCCCUCACAGUCACCAACUACUUGAACUGGGUUGUGAGGAACCUGGCAGACCUGGAGGUCCAGAUGGCAGCUGUGAAGAAGGUCAACAGCUUCCUCAGCACAGAGUCGGAGAACUACGAGGGAUCUAUGGACACCUCUCAGGUGCCUGAGAACUGGCCCCAGGAUGGGGAGAUAAAGAUCCAGGACCUGUGUGUGCGCUACGAUCCCAUGCUCAAACCAGUGCUCAAACACGUCAACGCGUACAUCGAACCAGGCCAGAAGGUGGGAAUCUGUGGUCGCACAGGCAGCGGGAAGUCUUCUCUGUCGUUGGCCUUUUUCAACAUGGUGGAUAUUUUUGAAGGGAAGAUCGUUAUUGACGGGAUCGACAUCUGUAAGCUUCCCCUGCAGACACUGAGGUCGCGACUCUCCAUCAUCCUUCAGGAUCCUGUGUUAUUUAGUGGAUCAAUAAGGUUUAAUCUCGAUCCAGAGAGGACGUGCACUGAUGAUCGACUCUGGGAGGCGCUGGAGAUCGCUCAGUUGAAGAACAUGGUGAAAGCGCUGCCCGGAGGACUAGACGCAGUUGUGACAGAAGGCGGAGAGAACUUCAGUGUCGGUCAGAGGCAGCUCUUCUGUUUGGCCCGAGCUUUUGUCAGAAAGAGCAGCAUCCUCAUCAUGGACGAAGCCACAGCGUCUAUAGACAUGGCCACGGAGAACAUCUUACAAAAAGUUGUUAUGACAGCAUUUGCAGACAGAACAGUCGUCACAAUCGCACACCGUGUCCACACCAUCCUAACAGCUGAUCUGGUCAUUGUGAUGAAGCGAGGGAACAUUUUGGAGUACGACAAACCUGAGACUCUGCUGGAGCAGGAGGACGGGAUGUUUGCUUCAUUCGUCAAGGCUGACAUGUAGACCCACGGUCGACUGACAGACUGAUCCGUUGGUUGAUCUACUUUUUUUUUUAUCUUGUAGAAUUAUUUACAGACGUCAGUGACACGAAACACUCCAGUGAAGCCAAUAAUACACUGUGUUUCUUUAAUAAGAAGCUUCUUUUCACCAUCAAUCACCAGAAGGUACAUUUGAAAAGUUGUACUUGAAUCAUUCAGUCAGCCAAUUCAAAAUAUGGCUUUUCUUGUUUGUACAAUUUUCACAUUGAAACAGCAAAAACACAUAUCCAGAGAGUUUUUUAUUUCUUGGGUCACUGAUCUUUAAGCAACCAGUACUAAGUGGACAGCGUUACAUUAGCAAUAUGAAAGAAAAAAUAAACAGCUCAGCGGCUAGAUCUUGAUUUAUCCGAGACAAAUAUAUCUUUCUUGUGAUCUAGGACUGGGAAUAUUGAAAGGAUAAGGAGGCAUUAAUCUGUCUGUGAAGGUUCUCAGUCAUCUAGGUCAUUGUUAUCCAAGGAAGACGUUUCGUUUCUUAUCUUGGGUGUGAGCCGAAACGUCUUCCUUGUCUUCGAGCAUCUUCAACCAAGUCCAGUUGCGAUUGAUUUUAACCUUCCUUUUAGGCAUUAAUCUUUAUAUUUCUUUACAUUUAUAUUUAUCUUUAUAUUAUCAACAAAUCCUACAAAAAGACCAAACCAAUAGUCUCUAACAGUGUUGGGCAAGUUACUCAGAAAUUGUAAUAUAUUACUAGUUACUUAUUACUCCUUAAAAAAGUAAUAUUAUUACUGUGUGAUAAAAGUAACUAGUUACGUUACUCGUUACGUGACUAUAUUAAUUUCCAGUUUGGGGGGGGUUCUAACUUUGGACAGGUUUGUGCAGCGGUAGAGAGGGAGAGAGAGAGAGAAAGAGGGAGCGAGCAAGGAGGUGCUGCACGAACAUAUGCUCCUCAAUCAAAAAGGAUUUUAAAUACGCCUAGUAAGAAAAAACAGAAAAUCAAUAUGUGUGCUUUCACUACCACCCCCCUUCACCCCCCAACAAAGCAGUCUCUCCCGACUUUUUUAACUAAUAUCAUAUUCAAAACAUCAGCAAGAAGUAGGUUUUUUACAAGACAUAUAGCCUAGGCCGAACGUUUCUUAAAUAUAAAAUAAAGCAAGUAAAUCCUGACUUUUGAACCGCUGUUUUUCUGCACAUGUAGCUUAUUUAUAAGAGCAAUAUCCAGUAGUUACAAAACGUUACGUUAACACCACUCUCUCCCGACGAGUCCAAGCAUCAGUGACAACAGCUGCUGGAGUUUCUGUCUGUAACUUAAGUUUCGCGUUGCUGUGCUGCUUCAGCAGAUGCUUCAAUAAAAGCUCUUACAGCUGUGGAAAGAACGUCUCUCUCCCUCGUUCUCCUUUAUUCCUAGUUUUCAUGUCACCGGACAUGAACAACAGAAGGUGCCACUGACCUGCCUUACUGUCGUAGAUUUACAUCACGGAUGGUGCGUUCAGUAACGAGUAACGCAGCGUUACUUGCAUUAGUAACUAGUAAUAAUAUUACUGAUUUAGAAUAGUAAUUAGUUAAACUACUAGUUACUGGGGAAAAUAAUAUUAUUACAAUAACUGUACUAGUAACGCGUUACUGCCCAACACUGGUCUCUAAACACUUUCUGACUUCCUGUCUGUGGUUCUCAGCUUGAAGCCCAUUGGUUGUCACAGUACUGAAAAGGUAAACACCUCACAAAUAUAUAAUUUCAUUUAAAACCCUCCAUCUGAUAGAAUAGGAUUUUUGCUUUUAGAUGUUUUAUUACAGCAAAAUAUUCAUACAUUCUGUCAUUGUGGUACUUACGGUAUGGAUGGAAUUAGAGAUUUAGAGAAUGGUGGGUAAUAUAUUAGGUUUUAAAUGUGCCAUGCUUUAUUUUAAAUUAGAAUUUCAUUAACUUUUUGCUGGGGACCCCCCCGGGAACAUCUUGAAGUACCCAUGGGGGUCCCUGAACACCACUUUGAGAUCCACUGCUCUAGUGAGUAUUUGGGGAAGCAGGAUGGUGAAUUAGUCCAAAUUCAUUUUAAUGAAGGAACAUGUUACUCAGUGCACCAAUGUGGCUCUGGAAUUUAAAAUGAUGUGCAGAGACUGUUUCUGUUUCUAUGCUGCAGAGUUGUUUAUUGGAUAGUUUUACAGACUGAGCUGAACUUGCAGCUCCUGUAAGCAUCAUGUUGAACUAAUAGAAUAGAAUUGCAAAAGUCUUUAAUUAUCUUGUUAAUACUGUCUUUUACAUUUAUUUUAAACAUAUGCACAACACGUAUCACUUUUAUUAAUCUUUAGCACUCCUAUUAUGCAGUAUGAAAGCAAAAGAGAAACAUUUUUAAAUAACUGAAUGUUGGCUUCGGCCACUCUUUCUGUGCUCUGCAUAUAUCAAUGCAUUGUGCAGAUUCUCACUAUAAAGGAUUUUAAAUCCUAGUAUUUUAGUUUAGUAUGUGCUACAUUUAUAUAUUAAGUUCUGCCAUAGAAAUAAUACUGACAGAAUUGACUCUGCAGCCAAUAAGCAGUUUUUUACACCCUUUGUUGAAUCACAUCAAACUGUCCAAACAGCAUUGAACCUCCCUAAGGCUGCGCUCGCAUCAUGUCAGAAGUUGGAGAAGAACAGGAUGACUAAAAGCUCUCAUUCCCAAAUCCAAGAUGAGGAUUGUAAAGUGGAUUGUUCUUCUGAACUAAUGUGACAAAGGAAACCAACAUCGAAAGGAUUUGCUGCUAUUUUUGGUGUCAGUUUUGAAACACUUGUGCAACUUGUGAUGCCAAAAAGGAGACCUUAAUAUGUCCUUCAUCCUACUCGAAAUUUCCACCAGGAGGUUGAGCUGUGUUUCUUUUCCCAGUUUUGGGAUUUUGCUGUAUGAUGUUAGCAUGGCAAACAUUUCCUUGGGACAAGAUCAGGAGACAUCCUUUUUGCGACAACAGAGCGCAAAGGGAGGAUCCUGUGCGUGUGGAGCCAGUCGGAUAACAACUUUGGUGUAAAGAAGGUGGAAAUAUACCCGAAACAAAUCCAAUAUGAGCUUUUUAACACACCGAAAGAAUUUGUUCAUUCACAUUAAUUACAUUUAGAAAAGUACAAUCCAAGCUGGCUCUUCAUGAGGUACAGAGUAAUCAAACUUGUUUUACUUCUGUUCAUUUUCAAAGUGAAUCAGUUUAAGGAUAAACUUGUUGAAGUCGGGAAAACAUUUUUGCAUUUAUACGAACAGCAACAACAUCCGUCGUCCAUUAAACCAAACUUUAAAAUUUAUUUUUGUGAUUUAGAGUUUAUAACAUGUGACGUUUGUAAAUUGAACACCGGAAGAAAAAAUUUCUUAUAUAGCACAAUUUGGAAGGUUGGCUAUUUUAUUUCUGGUUUACUUCCACCUUCACUCUGUUCUAUCAGUAUGUAUUUCUACGCCUACACUAGUACAAACACUGUAGGGUGUCAUGGCUCAGGCUGAAGCCGGUGAACCCCCUGUCUGUCUGUGGUCAUGCUUUGCUGAACUUAUUAUUCUCUGGGACAAUAGACACCCAAUAUGAGAUGGUUUGUUGUGGACUGGUAGUUAUUUUUAAGAGUUCUAGUGGAAAGUUGUUUGAUCCAGAAUCCAAAUGUUAAUCAGUUCUAGUUGCUGAAAGGAUUCAGCAAGUUAUUCACCGUAAAGCUUGAAACUUAAAUCUACAUUAAUUACUAAUAGUUUUUAGACUGAAAAUGAAUCAAAGGGAUUCAUGUUAUGUCAAGGCCGCAAAUUCUGUCCCUGAAUUUAGCAACUAACUGGUGAAGAAAGUGAAGAAUUUAGCUGUUAAAGAGUCAGAUAUUUGUCUCUGGAGUGGAGUCCAGACAAAAACAGAUCUAAAAGAGGAGUGGAUAACCGGCUUAACAUUUACCAAGUGGCCACAAACACACAUUUAACUUCUUUCAUUUAACUUUAACACUUUAACUUUUUCCAGUGCAAUUGUACUGAUGAUUCAACUAGAAUUUUAAUUCCCAAACAAGUAUUGGAAAUAUUGUCAGGGGCAAUCACAAACAGCAUUUUAACUACAUAAACAUUUAUUAAUUUAGCUGACACUUUUAUCAAAAGCAACUCACAAUUGCUAGAUAUGUCAGAAAUCGCACACCUCCCCGGCAACUAGGGGUUAAGUGUCUUGCUCAGGGACAUAUUGGUGGUUAUGUUACAGUGGGGGAUUGAACCUGGGUCUCUCACACCAUGUGUCUUAUCCACUACGCCAACACCACCCCUCAACAUAGAAGUGAUUUUUCCUUUAAAGCAGUACAUUGACAUUUUUGUGAAUUAACACUUUUUCCCUCUCUGGCAAUGAGUUAAAUGAUUAGAUUCCUACGACUCGCAUAUCUGUACAGCUGAUUAGCUUAGCUUAGCACAAAGACUGGAUACAGGGGGAAACAGCUAGCCUGGCUCUGGCCAAAGGUAACAAAAUCCACCUGCCAGCACUUAUAAAGCUAACUAAUUAACACGUUAUCUCGUUUUGUUUAGCCCUUAAAAACAACACUGGGCGCUAAUGUGCCAGACUGUUAUGUAAUAAAUGUUAAAUUCUUAGUUAAUGUGCUUAAAAAGAGUCUACCAGUCUGCCAAACUCGUCAUGUUAGCAGUGAAUACACUAGUUUUCCAUGUUCUCUUUAUUUUCCAUUAGCAGCCAGUGUGCUGCAUUAAACAAUGUUUGUGCUUCUGAACAAAAUAACAAGGAAAACAAACUGCAAAUAGCAAAUAUUUUCUUUCCAUUUUACACUUACAGAAUCACAAAGCUGUCUCAGCUAAGUGAUUAAGAGUGGUGCUAUUGUCCCUUUAUUAUCGUUAUGGAUUAUACUUAUUAAGUGCUUGUAAAUGAGUUUUUAAAAUAACUUUGUACUGUGCUGACUAAAUGCCAAAUAGAUUCUUUUGCAAGAAUUUCAACAUUUUUUACAAAAUGUACUCGCAGAUGUUUCAUCUCAAGACUUUUUGUCAGCCCCGCCCCUUUUACACAAGUUAUUCUGUAAUAUAUUAAUAACCAUGUCCAUGGUUAUAGCAACACCUGUGCCACGUGUUGAUCACAAGCAUGGAAGCACACUUACAUUAGAUCCUUCUUUUUUUACAUUCAAAUGUGUCUGCCUUUCUCCAUCUAUGUCCUUUAUUUUAACCUUGAUACAUCUUUUGUCUAUUCAGUUAGCUCCUCCUUCUCAGUCUUCUCCUAAUGACCUAACAUUCUUCUUCUUGUUUGAUCCUGAUUCAGCCUUGGCCAGAACUACAUUUCAUAAAUCCUUUGUGUUUAGUUUUACUGCAUGUGAGUGUGUCUGGACUGGGUGUUUUCCAUGCAGCCUCUGUGCUUUUGUCUGAACUCACCAGCAAGAACCCGCAGCCCUGCUGCCUUGUAAACUCUUCAAUUCUCACCCCAAACCAUAUGUCUUUUAUACGAUGUCAAUGCAAAAGCAGACAAAACACAGAGAGACAAAUUAUUUUCUUUUAGGACACAGGAAAUGCUGAUUUUAAUAUUUCUUUCCCCUGUAGUUUUGGGGAGCAAACAAAUAAAAAGAGACUUAAUGUUUCUUAUUUUAAAUUCAGCACAUAGGUGGCAAUGUUGGUUAAUUUAGGGUUGACACUGACAGUCCAUAUACCUGCAUGUAACACAGAGUGAACAUAACACAUUAUCUACGCAGGAAAACAUGAAUGCGUAUUUAACUUUUGUCAGAAAACAUUUGUACAAGUACAGGUUGAUUGUUUUGAAUUCUAAAUGUAUGUAAGUGUACAUUCUGUAUAUCCAAGAAUUUCUAAACUUAUAUAGCAAAGUAUUAUUAUGUGUGCCUAAUUUUUUUUUACACUUGGAAUGAUAAUAAAAUGGUUUUAAGUGAA